AUGGCCACCGCCCCGCCCCCCACCAGCACCCUCCCCCCCACCACCCCCCCACUCCAAAUCCACACCACCAUCGCCUCCCUCCGCGCCUGGCGCCACACCCAACUCCUCUCCUCCCGCACCGUCGGCCUCGUCCCCACCAUGGGCGCCCUGCACGCCGGCCACCUCUCACUCAUCCGCGCCGCCGCAACCGCCCACCCCGCCAUCUGCGUCUCCAUCUUCGUCAACCCGGCCCAAUUCGCGCCCCACGAGGACCUCGCCCAGUACCCGCGCACGCUCUCCACCGACAUCGCGCAGCUCGAGGCCCUCAACGCCAGCCUGCCCGCGGGCGCCGGCCGCAUUGAGGCCCUCUUCCUCCCCGCCGUGGCAGAGCUCUACCCCGGCGGCAUCCCGCUCGAGCAGGACAAGCAGCGCGGCGCCUUCGUGACGGUCGUGGGGCUCGGCGAGCAGCUGGAGGGCGUCACGCGCCCGCACUUCUUCCGCGGCGUGGCGACGGUGUGCACGAAGCUGUUCAACGCGGUGCAGCCCGACGCGGCGUAUUUUGGCCAGAAGGACGUGCAGCAGACGGUGGUGCUGAAGCGCCUGGUGAGGGACCUGUGCAUGCCCGUUGAGAUCCGCGUGUGCGAGACGGUGCGCGAGGGGGAGGACGGGCUCGCGAUGAGUAGUCGGAACGUGUAUCUGGGCGAGAAGCGGCGCGCCGUGGCGGGCGGGCUGUAUAGAGCGCUGAGUGCGGCGGAGGAGGCGUAUAUGGGCGGUGCGACGGAGCGGGCGGUGGUGCUGGGCGCGGCGGAGGAGGUGUUGCAGGGCAUGGGGAGGGAGGAGGGCGUCGAGGUGAGGGUCGAGUAUGUUAGCUUGACGGACGGCGAGGAGCUGCAGGAGCUGCAGACGCUGGAUGGGAGGGGGGGUGCCAUACUAAGUGGGGCGGUGAGGAUGAUGCCGACGGGGGAGGGCGAGGCGCCGGUGAGGAUUAUUGAUAAUAUCAUCUUUAAGGCUAGGUAG